AUGUGGUCGUCUGUUUCCUCUUCGCGCCCGCACUUGCGGCAGUGGGUGAAGGAGUUCGGGUCCGUGGUCCGACUCCCUUUUAAACGACGACAACGUUGUACGCUGUGCAGCAGGAGCAACGGAGUUCUCCGAAAUGAUGGGGAUCGAUGCAUUCUCAUCGAUUUUAGUGGAGCGAGCAAUAUAAAAAGAGCGAAAAUUCUGAAAAAGGGCCAGCCUGUCAGGGCGACACCUCUUGAUAACAUCGAGAAUAUCGAGGCCCAGGAAGUUGACUCUGAUGAAGAUGGAAAAAAGGAGGAGGAUGAAAAAAUCAUGAUUGGCAAAGGCACCGCAUAUGGUUCAUUCACAAAUUCCGCCCAGCAAACCCUGAAAGAGCAAAUGGCAUUGGUGACGAACGGAAAUUGUGAUAAGCUUGCUUGGCGUGGUGCCGAAUUGCGUGAACAUUUCCGUAUGGUCUGGAAAAAUGAUGGGAAUUUGCUAAAGAAGAUGUUUCCUGAUGAGAAUUAUUGCCCGAUGGAUAUACUGUUUUGUGAGACUGUUCAAGUGCCGCCGACGAAAUAUCGACCAAUUCGAAUUUUCAAAGGCGACAAAUUUGAAAAUCCACAAAGUGUUAAUCUCCGAAAAGUACUGGAAGCUUCGGAAACAAUUCGUGCAAUUCGCCUAGCACUCACCGGAAAUAACGAUAAAUCACUCCUU